AUGGCCCACCAAGCAAACGAUGGCGAAGCGCACUGCGAAAAAUACCGACAAUUCAUGGAUUCAUCCGUACAGGAACGUACGUUUAUGAUUGAGAAACUCGUUGAAACCUUUGCCAAUGUGAUUGAUUCUAUUUGGAACCCGAAAUUAAACGAUCCAAAAAUCAAAGUCAUGCCAACUCGCUUAUUCUGUAAUCAAAUAUUGAAACGAAGCAAAGCAACUUACUCCACUUUACAAAUCAGUUUAUUCUACAUCUUUCGUGUAAAAAAAAUCGUUCAUGACAAAUUAAGAUUAAAAGGUAACAUGCAGACCAGCCAACAAGACGACCUGAUGUGCUGCGGACGACGCAUGUUUCUCGCAUCCUUAAUGGUAGCAUCCAAGUAUUUACACGACAAAAAUUAUCACAACAAGGCAUGGGCUAAAAUCACUGGUCUCGAUAUCAAGGAAAUUAAUGCUGCGGAAAUGGCUUUUUUGACCCUCAUCGAUUACCGUUUAUUUGUCAGUAAACCUACCUUUGACAGAUGGUAUACUCAGAUUCACAGUCAUAUCCAAAAGAGUUACAUUCAUCAACAACCUAACCCUACUGCUGUUCAACAAGGACAACAAAUCACUAUCAAGCAAACACCGUUGUCAUCGCAACAAGUGCAACAACAGACUUUGCUUCAUUUGACAGAUUAUCCUUCACCGCCUCCUGACCCAUUAGCUCCAUCGCCCGUUAACACCAAAUGUUAUCAAUCAAACUCCUUUGGCAUGCUUUCUCCACCUCUUCAACCUAUCGGUUCAAAGAGACCUUCUGAAGUGGAUCACGAUCAAUCAACGAACAAACGCACCUGUUAA